AUGCCUGGCGUUACUUCUCAGUCUACCGGUUCCAAGUACGAUGCCAUUCCCGGCCCCCUGGGUUUGGCCUCUGCUUCCCUCGAGGGCAAGGUCGCUCUCGUGACCGGUGCCGGCCGUGGUAUUGGUCGUGAGAUGGCCCUUGAGCUCGGACGUCGCGGUGCCAAGGUCAUCGUCAACUACGCCAACAGCGCCGAGACCGCCGAGGAGGUCGUCCAGGCCAUCAAGAAGUCCGGCUCCGACGCCGCUUCCAUCAAGGCCAACGUUUCCGACGUUGACCAGAUCGUCUCCAUGUUCGCCGAGGCCAAGAAGAUCUUCGGCAAGCUCCACAUUGUCUGCUCCAACUCUGGUGUCGUCUCCUUCGGCCACGUCAAGGAUGUCACCCCCGAGGAGUUCGACCGCGUCUUCUCCAUCAACACCCGUGGCCAGUUCUUCGUUGCCCGCGAGGCCUACAAGAACCUCGAGGUCGGCGGCCGUGUCAUCCUCAUGGGUUCCAUCACUGGCCAGGCCAAGGGUGUCCCCAAGCACGCCGUCUACUCUGGUUCCAAGGGAACCAUUGAGACCUUCGUCCGCUGCAUGGCUAUCGACUUCGGUGACAAGAAGAUCACCGUCAACGCUGUUGCCCCCGGUGGUAUCAAGACCGACAUGUACCGUGAUGUCUGCCGCGAGUACAUCCCUGGUGGCACUGAGCUCGACGACGAAGGUGUCGAUGAGUACGCCGCCGGCUGGUCUCCCAUGCACCGUGUCGGUCUCCCGAUCGAUAUUGCCCGUGUCGUCUGCUUCCUGGCUUCCCAGGACGGCGAGUGGAUUAACGGAAAGGUCCUCGGCAUCGACGGUGCCGCCUGCAUCCAGUCUUUACCAGCCUGUAAACCCAAUUCCAAAAUGCACGCCGCCUCUAUUCUCGUCGUUGCCCUCUCGGCCGUCGCCAUGGCUGCCGACAAGCCCAAGCGCGAUUGCAGACGCGACAGAUCCCACCCCGGCCGCGGCUGGUACUGGAUUGUCGAGGGCGACACCCUCAACGAGAUCGCUGCCGACUUCGGUUCCACCGCCAACAUCAUCGCCGCCAUGAACGGCAUCCCCAACCCCGACUCCAUCCCGGCCUGGAAGACCAUCGUUGUCCCUUGCCCUCCUUAG